UGCACUCUCCUCUUGUGUGCCGUGCAAGAUGGAAGCUCAAGUUGAGGCUCACGACGCCCUCCCAAACUCCUCACAGAAUAGUUCUGCACUGUUUGUGAAUCAGUGUGGUGCAUCAGCAGCAGCCCUAGGAGACAGCACUUGCAGGGCUGUUGUCGCAGGUGCGUCCAGUUCCCAGGAACAAGUGCCUGCAUUUGCAGACCAACAGCCGCAACAAAUCCAUCCAGAACCUAACAACUGCCUAAACUGUGAAUAUUCCAGUGGUUCAAAGCGCCUCCUCCAGCAACACCUUCAUGAUAAACAUACUCUGAAGAAAAUUGGUCAACCCUCACAGAGCAAAUGUGCAUCUAUGCACAAAUCAAACCACUAUAAAAAACACCUUAAAAAAUUAAUUUUGGAGCAAUUUUCAGAAAAUCAAUUUCAUUGCUCUGAUUGCAACUAUUCUUGUGUGAAAAAACAACACUUAAAACGCCAUUUUAUUGCCAGGCAUACAUCAGAAAAACCAUUUGAAUGUGAUGAAUGUGACUAUGCUUGUGUAAUAAAACAGGACUUGAAACGCCAUUUUAUUGCCAAGCAUACAUCAGAAAAACCAUUUGAAUGUGAUGAAUGUGACUAUGCUUGUGUAAUAAAACAGGACUUGAAACGCCAUUUUAUUGCCAAGCAUACAUCAGAAAAACCAUUUGAAUGUGAUGAAUGUGACUAUUCUUGUGUAAUAAAACAGGACUUGAAACGCCAUUUUAUUGCCAAGCAUACAUCAGAAAAGCCGUUUAAAUGUGAUGAAUGUGACUAUGCUUGUGUAAUAAAACAGGACUUGAAACGCCAUUUUAUUUUCAAACAUACAUCAGAAAAGCCGUUUAAAUGUGCCGAAUGUGACUAUGCUUGUGUUGAAAAAUAUAAGUUGAAACGUCAUUUUAUUGCCAAACAUACAUCAGAAAAACUGUUUAAAUGUGCCAAAUGUAACUAUGCUUGUGUUGAUAAACGAAAUUUGAAACGUCAUUUUAUUGCCAAACAUACAUCAGAAAAACUGUUUAAAUGUGCCAAAUGUAACUAUGCUUGUGUUGAUAAACAAAAAUUGAAACGUCAUUUUAUUGCCAAACAUACAUUAGAAAAACCAUUUAAAUGUGCUGAAUGUGACUAUGCUUGUGUUGAAAAACAAAAGUUGAAACGUCAUUUUAUCGCCAAACAUACAUCAGAAAAAUCAUAUCAGUGCACUGAAUGUGAUUAUGCCUGUGUCCAAAAUUGUAAUUUGAAGCGUCAUUUUAGCAGCAUGCAUACAACCUGAAAACCAUUUCAGUGGACUGAAUGUGUCAUAAAAAUUGAAUCAUGACAAUUUUUGUGCCUAUCAUACAUAAAAAUGUUGAAAAGAGAUGAAGUUGACUAGGCUCUACAUCAUUUUACAAGACUAUAAGCAUAAUUUUCUUUUCAAGCAGACAUCAGAAAAAAUGUUUUUGCGAUAAUGCAAUUAUGCAUGUAUCACUAAAAAAAGGCACAAAUAUCACUUCUUUAUCAAGCAUUAGUAAGAAGAAACGAUGAGGGGAUUAGCCCACCUAACCUUGAAGUGCAGAUAUCUCAGAUGCCAGCUAACUAAUUCUAUUUCAUGGAAAGAUUUAGGAUCUAGACCAAACUGAUCCAACAUCAAUUUAGACAAAACUUGUAAGUUACUUGGGUAAUAAAAUGCACAAAUGUUUUUUUGACGUUUGGGCAUUCUUGUGUUGUGACCGCCACAACAUGAUAGACACAAACUUGCUAAUUUAUUUUGAUAUCAUGUCAGUAUGGAAUUACUAAAUGCUUCUUCACUCUGGGUCCUGACUUCAAAUUAUGACUUAGAUAUAAAUAUCUAUCUAACUUUGAAUAUUAGCAAUUUAUGAUGUUACCUUACUGUCAACUGUUGAUCCUGUGGAAAGCCUACUUAUGAAACUAAAAAUACAAAUGCUUUGGUUUAAAAACGCAAGUUGAAAAAAAUCCCGCCUCACUAUGAACUUUGCUUCUUGUAUUCAUGACCAAUUUUUGUUGUUGGUGCUGCUUCAGUCUCAUGUCUUCCACUGAGCCUAAUCAUCUUGAGGGUUGAGCUUUAUGGGCAGUUACUGUGUAGGCAGAUCAGUUUUUGGCUCAAUUUGUUUGUUUGAACUAAUGAAUUUAAAUUAACUUUAACAGAUAAUGACCAGCCAUUAUGUUCGUGAUGACAAUCUUCUACCUAAUCAAUGCAGCUGACUAUUUAUCCAUGCUUAACUAUAAAUGUAUUGAAGUGUUGAUAAGCAUCAAGAUGUGUGUUGAGCAAACUGUUUGGUAAGCUCAGGGAUGAUUUCCAAGUUAUAAUUCUAAUUCAUAAAGAGCCUAUAGGCUGAUAGAAAGCCUAUGACAAGACUAAUGUGUGCCUAGAGUGUGCCGUUUGGUGGACCCAUUUGCAUUCAUAUUAAUAUUGUACUGUCAUAUUAUUCAUUCAUAUUAAUAUUGCA